AUGAAGUGGCCAAUAAUUUUCAAUUUUUUACUAUUUAUUCUUCUAUCAUUUAUUGUACCUACCCGCUCUAUCGACAAUCCAAAUCCAAAUACUUUGGAACUUGUUGAAGACUUUAGAGUCUCAAAGAAUAUAGUCUUUUCAUGCCAGGCUGGUGGGUCAUCUCACAUCAACUGGGUGCUCCUCAUACUUGAAGAACUAGCAACAAGAGGACACAAUAUCACAUACAUUACUCGGGAUGAUCAUCUAAAAUUUGGCAAGCCUUAUCCUAAAAUCAAAUCUGUUUCAAUUGGAAAACGUUUGGUGCAGAGUUGGCUUCCAACUACUUCAGGAAAGCGAGGCGAUUGGAUAGAGAGGAUGAAGGUUGUCGAGGGCCCUAUAAGAAGCGAAACAGAAAAAGAGGUUGCUUUUUACCGCUCCUAUUUUACUGAAAAUAAUGUAGACGUUGCCUUGUGCGAUAUGUUCACAACCAUAUGUGUCCUUGUAGCACGCGAAAUGAAGAUUCCUUUUAUUAUUACAUCUAGUAUAGAUAUAUCUCCCGACUCAAAGGCACCAUACAUCAAUAAUGGAAUAAUGGAUAUGGAGGAUCCAAUAACCUUGUACCAGUCAUACUUUAAGCGUCUGUACACGACCACAAUUCUGCCGUAUACCACCAUCUACCGCACUAUGGGAUAUGCCAAAGAAUUCAGUCGUAAACUUGAUUCGGUCGGCAUAUCAGGAUUCAAUGGAAAUGAAAUUGGUCUCUGGAAAGAUUCUUUAAAGAUGGUCAAUACCGUAUUUGGGUUUGAACCCGCCCGCCCGGUUGGACCACUUGUCGAAUUUGUUGGUCCGAUUAUUCCACGAAACCACCAGCCACUGACAGACUCUUUGAAGAGCUAUCUCGACACCCAUCAACGAAUUGCUUACAUUGCUUUUGGACAGCAUGCCACCCCAGAACUUCACGACACUCGUUUGAUACUGACUGCCAUGUUUGAAAACAUAGAAAACGGUGCUCUUGAUGGCUUUGUGUGGGCCACAGUUCACUUGACAAAGGACUUUCCUACCUCGAUCACGACUUCAUCCAACACAACUUACUACUAUUCAGACCUGAUAAAAGACAAGAUUCCCUCUUCUCGGCUGGUCCGAUGGGCUCCACAGUACGCAGUUCUCAAUCAUCCAUCUACGAUAAUGUUCAUGACCCACGGUGGUGCUGGAUCACUACACGAAGCCUUGUUUGCCGGCAAACGGUUGGUUGGGUACCCAUUCUGCGGAGACCAGCCUGGCACGGCACGUAAUAUCGAAAGGUCCAAGCUGGGCGCUUUUGUGGACUACAAAAAAUCUCAGUUGGAAGCAAACAAGGCAAUUGAGCGAGUGGUUAGGGACAAAGGUGGGGUGAUUCAGCAGACUGUCAAUCGAUACAAGGCGCUUGUUCAAAUUCACACUCAAACCGGAGUUCGGCGUGGUGCCGAUCUAGUUGAAGAAGUUGCUUUUGUAAACGUGGAUGGUGCGUUACCUCAUCGCUAUGAGGUCGCGAGAAAAAUGUCUUUUGUAAAGGCUAAUAAUUUAGACGUCCAUGCUACGUGGAUUUUGGCAGUCCUUGGCUUGUUUUACUUAAUUGUCCUCGGUGUUAAAAGUGCGAUUCUCAGUAUUUAUACUAGUGUACAUCGUUCUAGAAAACUAAAGACACUUUAA